AUGUCUGCCCAGGGCCCCACCAAUGGCCGUGAUGGAUCAGAGAAGACUCUCACUUUCCUAGGAUGCGGGAGUUUGGGUCUUGCUAUCCUCACGGGAAUCCUUUCUUCUCUCUCGGAAACAGAGAACCAAAUACAGAAUCCUUCUUUUCAGCCUCCGACGAGAUUUAUAGCAUGCGUACAGCGGCCUGAAUCAGCGAAGCGCAUUCAAGAUGCCGUCAGCGUUUACCCCAAAUUUCCCGUAACAGUCCUCCAGAAAGAAAACCUCAAAGGCGUCCAGGAAGCCGAUGUCGUUCUUCUGGGUUGCAAACCCUAUAUGCUUAAGGAUGUGUUGACCGCCCCUGGUAUCCGGGAGGCUCUGAAGGGCAAGUUGCUGAUCAGUGUUUUGGCCGGAGUCUCUGUCAAGCAAGUGGAAGAUACUUUGUAUCCGGACGGGUUGGUUCCUGUGUCGGAGAGAUGCACGGUCGUACGCGCUAUGCCCAACACCGCAGCCAUGGUUCGAGAGUCGAUGACUGUUAUUGGCACCCCAGAGGUUCCCUUGCCUUCUGAGUGGAAUGAGUUGGUUUCCUGGAUCUUCACACGCAUUGGCAAGGUGGUCCAUCUCCCGCCGUCCCAGAUGGAUGUUUGUACCGCACUAGCUGGCUCUGGCCCUGCCUUCGUAUCGUUGGUCCUCGAAGGACUCACGGAUGGGGCUGUGGCAAUGGGCCUGCCGCGCGCCACGGCACAGCUCAUGGCCUGUCAAGUUAUGCAGGGCACUGUUAGUAUGAUUCAGAAUGGCGAACAUCCCGCCAUUGUUAAAGAGAAGGUUUCCUCCCCUGGUGGGUGUACCAUCGGUGGACUGCUCGUCCUCGAGGAGGCUGCAGUCAGAGGGAGCCUGGCGCGUUCUGUUAGAGAAGCAACUGUUGUUGCGAGCCAGCUCGGGAAAGGCGUCCAGGGUGUUAAUGGUACCCGGUGGUAG